GCCGAGGAUGCCUGCUUUGACAUAACAGCACCGGUCUGCCUGCCUGCUAGGACUACACUGACAAGGUAGGGUGGGGGAGACAAGUGGUCCAUUUCUCUGAACGUUCAGGCUGAAGGUGGGCGCUCCCCCCGCCCUUUACCCUCUCACAAUGUCUUCUUCAAUGGGGCCCAGAGGCCCUCGGCCACCCAUAGUGCCUCCCCCCAUGCCCGAUCUCCCCGAUCUGAGCCAUCUGACAGAGGACGAGAGGAACACUAUCAUGGCAGUGAUGAACCGACAGAAGGAGGAGGAGGAGAAGGAAGAGGCCAUGCUAAAGAGGCUACAUCAGCAAUUUGAGAGCUACAAAGAACAAAUCAAAAAAAUAGGGGAGGACACAAAUCGGUAUCCUGGGGAACACAAGGAUGAUGCUCCAACGUGUGGAAUCUGCCACAAAACAAAGUUUGCAGAUGGCUGCGGACAUUUAUGCUCUUACUGCCGAACAAAAUUUUGUGCCCGAUGUGGAGGCCGUGUUUCACUUCGGUCAAACAAUGAGGACAAAGUGGUUAUGUGGGUUUGCAAUCUGUGCCGAAAACAACAAGAAAUUCUUACAAAAUCAGGUGCAUGGUUUUUUGGAAGUGGGACACCGCAGCCAGCAAGCCAAGAUGGAACACUAAGUGAUACUGGUACUGGUGCUGGCUCUGACGCACCAAGAGAAAAGAAAGCAAGACUUCAAGAGAGAUCUAGAUCUCAAACUCCUUUAAGUACUGCUGCAACAGCAGGUUCUGAAGACAACUCAGCACCUAGUUUACAAUCUGAUAGGAGCAAGGGUUCAGAACCAUCCCUACCAUCUGCAGUUCAAGAUCAGAAGACUUCAUCAAGGUCGAGAAGUGAACCACCAAGAGACAGGAAGAAGACUGUAGCAGUUUCAGAACAGAAUGGAAAAAUCUUAAAAGGGGAACGCAAGAGAGUCCAGAAGCUAAAUCAACAAGGUCAGGCAUAUCCUGAUGAACAUAAAGAAAGGAGAGAGACUAGAAAAUUGGGGAAAGGGAGAUCCCAGGACAUUCCAGAAAAACUAGAAGAAGGAGCAAACCUAGAGGAUGAUCAACAAAGACUGGAUGAUGAGUAUCUAACUCGGUAUAGGAGUGACCCUAACUUAGCUAGAUAUCCUGUAAAACCACAGCCAGAAGAGCAACAAAUGCGUAUACAUGCCAAGGUUUCAAAGGCACGGCAUGAGAGGAGACACAGUGAUGCUUCCCUACCCCAUGCAGAACUGGAAGAAGCAAAUGUUCUUGAGAACAAACUAGGGAAAAACUCACAAGUACCAGGAAACCAGGAUAAAAGAACAAUUUUGGAAAGUCAACAGUCAUAUUCAAUUGAUAGAAAUGGUGAUGGACCUAUUUCUAAAUCCAAACAAGUGUCCAACCACAGCCCUCCAAGUCCCAGACACAGUCCUGUACCCCCAGAGCAUGUGGAAUCCAAAAACCAUGAUUCCUUUAAAAAACAAAGCCGGUUAGAUCCCAGCUCAGCUCUUUUAAUGAGAAAAGCAAACCGUGAAAAAAUGGAGACAAUGUCAAGGAAUGAUUCACUUAGUUCAGAUCAGUCUGAAUCUGUAAGGCCAUCCCCACCAAAGCCCCAUCGAUCUAAGAGAGGUGGAAAGAGGAGACAGAUGUCCGUGAGUAGCUCAGAAGAAGAAGGGGCGUCAACACCUGAAUAUACCAGCUGUGAAGAUGUGGAAAUAGAAAGUGAAAGUGUCAGUGAAAAAGGUGACUUGGACUAUUACUGGUUGGACCCUGCCACAUGGCACACUAGAGACACAUCUCCCCUUGGCUCGCAUCCUGUAACCUGGCAGCCUUCGAAGGAGGGUGAUCGUUUAAUUGGACGUGUUAUUCUAAAUAAGAGAACAAGUAUGCCGAAGGAAUCGGGAGCACUGCUGGGACUGAAAGUUGUUGGAGGUAAAAUGACUGACGCCGGACGCCUUGGUGCCUUCAUCACCAAAGUCAAGAAGGGAAGCCUUGCGGAUGUUGUAGGUCAUUUAAGAGCAGGUGAUGAAGUUUUAGAAUGGAACGGGAAGUCUUUACCAGGUGCAACAAAUGAAGAUGUUUACAAUAUAAUUUUACAAUCAAAAUCUGAACCACAAGUAGAGAUCAUUGUGUCCCGCCCCAUUGGUGACAUUCCAAGGAUCCCAGAAAGCUCUCAUCCGCCAUUAGAAUCAAGUUCAAGUUCUUUUGAAUCUCAGAAGAUGGACAGGCCUUCAAUAUCUGUUAUAUCUCCAACCAGCCCCGGAGCACUUAAAGAUGCACCUCAGGUCUUGCCAGGGCAGCUGUCUGUAAAAUUGUUGUACGAUAAAGUAGAACAUCACCUAAUAGUCACUGUGUUACAAGCAAUAGACCUUCCACCCAGGCCAGAUGGACGCCCAAGGAAUCCUUAUGUAAAAAUGUAUUUCCUUCCGGACAGAAGCGAUAAAAGUAAGCGGAGGACCAAAACAGUGAAGAGGAGCUCAGAACCAAAAUGGAACCAAACAUUUGUUUACUCCCAUGUGCAUCGUAAAAAUUUUAGAGAAAGAAUGUUAGAAAUAACCGUGUGGGAUCAGCCUAGAGUACAAGAAGAAGAAAGUGAAUUUCUUGGCGAGAUUCUCAUAGAGCUAGAGACUGCACUAUUAGACGAUGAACCUCACUGGUAUAAACUGCAAACACACGAUGAGUCUUCACUACCUCUGCCUCAGCCAUCACCUUUCAUGCCAAGGAGACAUGUACAUGGGGAGAAUUCUAGCAAAAAAUUACAAAGAUCUCAGCGAAUCAUUGAUAGUGACUUCUCAGAUUUUGAUGUUGAUGAUGGUAUUGGAGUUGUGCCUCCAGGUUCGAGGUCUAAUACUAGACAAAGCAGAUCCACAACGUUAACAGUGCCAGAACAACAAAGAGUGACCCAUCACCGCUCACGUUCCGUAUCUCCUCACCGUGUUGAUGAUCAGGGCAGGACCCGCUCACGUUUACCAAAUGUGCCAUUACAGAGGAGUCUGGAUGAAAUUCAUCAAAUGAGACGAUCACGUUCUCCAACAAGACACCAUGAUGCCUCCCGCAGUCCAGUUACUCACAGGUCCAGGGACUCGGACAGUCAGUAUUUAUCUGAUCAAGAUAGUGAGCUUCUUAUGUUGCCCAGGGCAAAACGUGGCCGAAGUGCUGAGUGCCUACAUACCAUCAGAAAUACUGUUAGGCACAGUAAAACUUUGCCACCCAAGAUGCCUUUGCUAGAGUUUGGUUCUAAUUGGAGAUUGUACAGUGAACUACAGCCCUCCCUUGACAGGGCUCGGAGUGCUAGUACCAACUGUUUGAGGCCAGAUACUAGUUUGCAUUCACCAGAACGAGAAAGGCAGCCCAGAAAAUUGGAAAGAUGUAGCAACCAAAAACAGAACAGAAAAAGCAUGGUUUCUGAAGUAGAAAGAAACCAUCAACUAGGAAGCCAGUCAUCCACGGGGGAUUCUUCAUUCAAUCGAAGAGGAAGGCAGCUUCCACAGGUCCCUGUAAGAAGCAACAGUGUAGAACAAGAACCAGAGCGUUAUAGUUCAUCUUCAACAGCAAAUUUAUUAGUGGAAGAACGAGCAAGACAAAUCAAACUAAAAGUUCAGCGGUAUAAGCAAACAGCUGGGUCUAGUUCCAGUCAAGAUUUGGAGCGAGAGCAAUAUUCUAAGUAUAACAUGCAUAAAGAUCAAUACAGAAGUUGUGACAACGUCUCAGCCAAAUCAUCAGAUAGUGAUGUCAGUGAUGUGUCAGCCAUUUCCCGUACCAGUAGUGCCUCACGCCUCAGCAGCACAAGCUUUAUGUCUGAGCAAUCUGAGCGUCCAAGCAGAAGGCUCUGGAUGCAAGGCAGACGCAUGGGAUCUUCAGGGAGGACUAUAACUAAGAGCACAAGUGUAAGUGGAGAAAUCUACACGUUGGAGCACAAUGAUGGAAGCCAGUCAGAUACAGCAGUGGGAACAGUUGGGAUGUGUGGGAAGAAACGAAGACCAAGUUUGAGUGCCAAAGUAGCUGCAUUAGUAUCAAGAAGAAGUAGAAGCACAUCACAGCUUAGCCAAACAGAUUCCAGCAACAAGAAAUUCAAAAGUACAAUACAAAGAAGCACAGAAACAGGAAUGGCAGCUGAAAUGAGGAGUCGUAUGGUUCGGCAGCCUAGCAGAGAGUCAACAGAUGGAAGUAUUAACAGCUACAGCUCUGAAGGAAAUUAAAUAUUUCCAGGAGUAAGACUGGGUGUUGACAGCCAAUUCAGCGACUUUCUAGAUGGACUUGGUCCUGCACAACUAGUUGGCCGACAGACACUGGCAACUCCUGCUAUGGGUGACAUACAAAUUGGAAUGGUAGAUAAGAAAGGACAGCUAGAGGUUGAAGUAAUAAGAGCCCGAGGUCUAACACAAAAACCUGGUUCGAAAUCCACACCAGCUCCGUAUGUCAAGGUGUACCUUUUAGAAAAUGGAGCAUGUGUAGCCAAGAAGAAGACAAGAAUUGCACGAAAGACACUUGAUCCCCUUUAUCAACAGACCUUGGUUUUUGAAGAAAAUUCCCAUGGAAAGGUGCUUCAGGUAAUUGUCUGGGGAGACUAUGGCCGAAUGGAUCAUAAGAGCUUCAUGGGUGUUGCGCAGAUUCUCCUGGAAGAACUUGAUCUGUCUAGUGUGGUGAUUGGAUGGUACAAGUUGUUUCCGCCUUCGUCAUUAGUGGAUCCAACACUGACACCCUUAACCCGCAGGGCUUCCCAGUCAUCUCUUGAAAGUUCAACAGGGCCUCCUUCCAUUAGGUCUUAAUGAACUGGAAGGCAGUAUAGCCUGAUGUAAUCACAAUGUUAAUGCCCAAUAAAAGAAUCAGAGAGGUAUAUUUACACGAUCAAAAGCAUUGCUGGAGACAGACAAUCAUUUUUAUUUUUUUUGCCUGUAGUAGUGAUCCAAAAAAGAUCUUAUAUUGGCAGAGAGAAACAAGAAUAUGAGUACUGUAAACGAACAUACCGUUCAGCACUAUUGGGAGUCACACAUGCUCAGUGGUAUAGUAAAGGUGACAUUGAAUUCAAACUGGAAGCUUUCACUCUGUUAGAAAUGUUUGUGAUACAUUUUUACAGAUCAUAAGCAGUGUUAUCAUAUUGGUAUUUCCACCUAUUUUAUACUUGUUAAUUCCAUUAUUUUUUUAAUAUAAUGUGUUAAUCUGCCAGUUUCAUAAAAAAAAAGCAUUUGUGAUAAUUCUCACAACGCUUUUUGUCCUUUUUAUUGAUUUUGUGAAAGCUGAGCAUUACAGAAGUGAUAAUGGCUACAAUUCUGUGUAAUAUUCCCUGCUGCCUGAAAUACUUACAGUGACUUUGAGAAGCACUGCUAUGUAGUGCUGUCCUAUUAUUAAUGACCUUGCUUUUUUCAUGUAGUGUUACACAACUUGGAGCCACAGAUGUAUUUUAUGUAUUAUACUGCAUGCUGCCAUUUAAUUGGAGCACAGCAAUUGUCUGCACUAAACUCCCGCAUUCUGGCACCAGGGCUAGGAAUUGAUAUGCAGACGCUGCAGUGCAGCAGUUGCAUGCCACAAAAUCCCUGUCUAGGUGUGACAACAUGCAUCUUUGUUCUUACAGAAAUUGAAUAACACUACAAAAAUCAGUAUGAAUGCAACAGCUUUCUUUAUAUCACAUGACCAGGUUGCCAACUUUUAAUUGUCCAAAAUGCAGAUUGAUAAAAAAAAAGCCAACUUGUUUGUGUUAUUUUUUUUUGUUUGACUAUGAUAGUCUGUGGAAUAAAUGAUUGCUUAAAAAUAUUCUUUACAAAAAAUAAACUAAAAAUAGAGGAUAUAAUAUAUAAUAUAUAUGAAAAAAAAUUCCACUUUUAUUUUAUAGAUUUUGGAUUGCAGUACAGAUUAUGAUAUUUUCUGUUUGAUUUCUGUUGUUUUUCUAAGCAUGGGAGAGGAUUGAAGAAUCCUAUCUGCAACUAAUGCUGAGGUUGAUGCAAGAGAUUUUAUGACUUUGGCAUUUACAAAUAAUGUUUUGUCCGUGUUGUUUUGUUUGCCAUCAGCCAGUCGCUGUACUUGUUUUUCGUGUUAAAGAAAACAAUGUGUAUUUUACAUCCGAGAUUACCAAGCAAUGGUGGGAAUGAGCAUAUGACACUUUGAGCUGUACUCAGGCAUCUAUGAUAUGUGUCACUUUAGACACCCUUGUCUGUCCUGGGUAGAGCAAGGUAUGAGCUGUUUAAAAAUUCACUGGAAAUUCCAGUAGAAAUAUUCUGCACUUACUAAUAUUUUUAUCAGAUUUUUGUUUACAUUUGUUUGAGAUUGAUGCAAGCACAACGCUUGAUUUUUUAAACGCAAAAUAUUUUACUUUUUUGGGACUAGAAAAUCAACCCCUCCCUCCUCUAUUUCAGUUAGCGGUGACUUUGUCCAUUCUCGGCCUUGAAACUCCUUGUGAAUUCUGUAUAUGUGCUAAAAGCUGCAGACAGCAGGUGCAUUGGUAUGACCCCCACCCCACCUUUUUUUGCGCCAUUCAAUUUUGUGGUCACACAAGUAGAGCAGCAUGACAUAGAGUAAUUCAGAGCUGCAUGCACGUUUUGUUAAAAAAAAAUAAAAAACAGAGACAAAAAAGGUAAUUCAAUAAUGUGUGUUAGUUUCACAUAGGCCAACUUGUAUGUUGCAUGUACUUGUACAGUUUGCCCGUAAUUCUGAUGACAUAAUCAAGAACUCUAAGCCAUCCAUUUUUCUUAUAGACAUUUUGCAGGUUUUUGCCAGACUAGUUGUGUUAGUCUGGUGCUAAAUGCCUAUAGAUGGACAUUAUUUUUUACCCUAUGGAAACGUAAUGUAGUACGGACCAAAUUCCUUCUGAUAAAUAUUUUGGUGUAGAUUCCUACUGUGGGGCUGUAACACAUGUAGAAAUUGUGUACACACUAGGUUUUGAUUCAUAGACAUACUGCCUGCACCAAGUGAACUAUUUAUUGUUAUUAUACAGGCUGAAACCAUUAUGCCCAUAUUUCUGUAGGGCAACAAUAGGUUACUGCUUGACCUGCUGAGCAGGAAGAACUGAAGCACUGGUGCACUAAUAGAUUAUGUACUGUCUUAGUGGCCAAAACAAAUAAAUUAUAAUUGGGUAGUAUCUUUCUAUUUUGACCACUUGUCUUAACACCCCCCUGUGCUUUUAAAUAAACUUCCAACUCAUGUUAUGUAAACAUGUUUAAUAAAAUUUACUUUUCAUGUC